CAUGAAAAUCUAUUUUGUUUUGCCAAGUCAUUUUGUUGGUGUGAAUUGGUGAUACUGUUAUAGAAAGUUCUGAUGGUUUUCUUAUCGGUAUCAAUCCUAGCCGCGGUAUUGUGUUUCUCGUUACUUUUUGCUUUAUUUAACAAUAUAAAUUUGACCGGUAUAUUGUAUCUUACUUUUAUACUUAUACUUCGUCUUGUUAACGCGUGUAAAAGGGUUACCAACUUGCAUUGCUACGUUCCACCUAACAAGACUACUAUUGAAAAAGCGAUUUCAGAGUUGAAGGAAAAUUCAAAACAAAAAAGUUCAUCCAAAGGAAUAUCAAUACCUCUCGCUUCUAUCCCUUUGAGCAAGGAUAAACUAUACACCGAUGCCUAUUCUUUUUUAGUAAAUAUUUAUGUUGCUAGUUUCCUUUCGUUGCUGGUUUGUGUAUUGAUAGAGACUCUGUUUAACUUGUUUGGGAAGUUGGAGGUUGGCUCUCUCUUUCUAGGUUUAUUUCUGUUUCUUCUUCAUAUUUUACUUUACUUGAUAUUUCUGUAUCACCGAGAACCUUCGUCUUGUAUUCGUUCGAUUUUCGUGGUGGGGAUAUGUUCCUUUGUUGUUAGCUUUAUUGGCCAAACAGUUGGUCUAGAGAAGUGGACUUUGAUCGAUAGUGAACAUACCCUUAGACAGCUUCAUAUACGGUCACAGUCACAGGGUUUAAGGAUAUCAGGAGAAUUUGUCAAUUUUCUAUAUAUAUUUACUGUGGCGGUAAUAUGUGCACUGAGCACUUGCUGCCUUGUGGGAUCCUGUCAAGAGCAAGCUAUCAGUUUCAGUCAUGUAGACAGAGAAUUCGAAGAAGCGCCUUCAGAAAAUGUUUCAAAUUCAUUUCGCAGAUUUCUUUUACGUCUUGACUUGAUAUUUCCGUUACUUUUGGCUGUCUUCUUCUUUCGCCUGCUACAAGAAGAUUUUGCAAGUUUUUGGUCCAAUUCAAAAGGUUUCAUCGUACAUUCGAUUUUGGUAUUCCUGUAUUUGUCUCUUCAUCUUUGGAGUAUUCGUCAAUAUUGUCAAGAUUUCCUCAAUUCAGGCAUGGAAGCAGUACAAGUUGCAUUAGCAGAAAAGGAUAUUCAAAAGACACGAGCAUUGCCUCUUGUUUUGCGUUACCUGAUUGAAAACUUAUCUUUUGUGCUGUACAAAUAUUUUAUCACUCUCUCAUUAUUGGCUUGUGUUUGUCUUAUUAGGAUUCGAAUAUUAUCACUUGUAGGUAGCUUUCCCAAAGUUGAAGAAACCAGUGUUUUAUUUUAUACAAUUCCUCUUGCUUGUUUUUAUAGCGUAGUUGAAUUGUUACUAUUAUGGUUGUUACUAACGAAAUUUGUUCUUGUUUAUGGCUCCUUGAUGUGGAACAAACUGAAGGUUAUUGUUUAUAAAUGAUUUUUAGACUUUUGCCUUUCUUUUUUAGUCUUCGUUUAUGGUUCAUGUAGUUCACUGAAUGACCAAACAAAGUCUUUAUUAAAAUUGUCGAUUGCCGA